AUGAUAGAAGACAAUCCAUCUCAUGCUGGUUGGAUAAUGUUCCCAGAGCGCAGUGCUGGACCAGGGGCAGUUUCCGGCACGCUAUCCAACGGACGAACAAGACACGCCGACACUAAGGGCAUGUGUACCGCCGCUCACCAUCUAGUCUGGCUAAGUCUGCGCAACCAAGGCGUAUGCUGCGUCGGAAACUUCUGA